AUGAAUUUGAUGGUGGAUCUGACUGAUGUCCCCGACAGGACCGAUUCACCGGUUGACGCAAGGGACGCACAGAGGCAAGCUCGUCGGCGUUUACGUGAUGACAUCGAGGAACACGUCCCGCAGACAGAAGAAGGGUCGCUGGGUCUAGAGACCGCAGCCCCUGAGCAGGUACCGUACGCUGCUGAGUCCGGAAGCCCUGAUGGGUCCAGCGACUCUGAAAAGGAACAACAAGAAGAGCUCAACUUCGAGCCGACGGAAAUCUGGAUCACCAAGGAGCUGUUGGACAAGAUGAGAAAGUUCACAGACCCAAAACGCACAGCAAUAUAUAAGGAAAAGAGUGCCGUGGAGAAGUAUGCUAAAUUCAGGAAAAUGUACGAUUCGGCCGAGCUUAAGGAGAUCUCGAGCAACGAUGAAUUCCAAUCGUAUAUCGACGCAAUCGGUUUUGACUGGUUGCUUAAGCACAGCACCUCCGAAGUUCCAAUAGAUUUGGCACGGGAAUUCUUUUCGACCUUCCGUUUUAAGUCCACCACUGACUUGGAUGCCGAGUCCAUCAACUUCCGCCUCUUCAAUGAAGAGCAUGGGAAGGAGGUCUGUUUUUACGAAGUUGGCAAGUCAGAUGUGCAGGUAGAACAGGAAGCAGCGAGUGUGGAAGCAGGUAGCUGGAUUGAAGUGGAAGAAAUGAGAACGGAGGUUGGAUGGAUGAGAUCCGAAAUUAAAAUGGUGAGAGAAGAGAUCGUGGCCCUACGGGGUAAAGGAAAUGACAAUGUUGAGAUUGAGAGAGUACGGAAAGAGGUCGCCGGAAUGAGAACGGAGGUAGACGAGAUGAAAAGAGAGAUCGGGAUGAGCAGAGAGGAGGUCUUGGCCUUAAAGGGGCGCAUCACUGAUCUGGUGGCAGCGUCGUCGAGGCACGCUGAUAGGAUGGGAGAGGCCAUCUCUUUAAUGAUGACAAUGAUGAAGUGGUUGCGCGAGAAAUUCCCGGACGCGCCAAAGUCACUUCCUGCACCUAGUGGCGGAUCCAUGGCGCUAGGUCCAGGAAAUCUAUCUAUCCAGAAGCCGCCACAAGCCACCAAGCCUCUAACCACCCCGUCUUCCACUAGACCCGUGACCUUGAAGAAGACCGUACCCAGACAGACAGAAGAGAUGACAGAGGAGCCGGAGUCGCCGGCAAGAAAGAAAGCUAAAGGGGAGAGUGUUGAUAGCCAUGGGGAGAAUUCGAGUGAUAGCAUUAGACCCCUUAGUUGGGCUGCGUCACCACAAUUAGGCAACUCAACAGUGGAACUAACAGAGCAAGCUAGUGUCACCGCCGAGCCUAUCUCGUCUACUGUGGAGCCUCCUCAGCCGGCUACACCGCAGUUAAGUCCUCCUCCAGUGAUAUCCAAGGUAAUUCCUGAAACCAGCUCAAAUAGUACAAUUGUUAUUCCUAACGACUCAGGUGAAAAGGAAAAUGCAGCAGUUGACUGUGACACAGGCGGUACAUACUUCCACCAAGAAGCACUCGUGGGAUACCGGCUAAGCGCUACAGCCCUAAGAUGA